AGCCUCCCAGGAGAAGAUGGCCUCCCAAGCAGUGUCCGGGCUUUCCCGGCAGGUGCGAUGCUUCAGUACAUCUGUGGUCAGGCCAUUUGCCAAGCUUGUGAGGCCACCUGUUCAGAUAUACGGUAUCGAAGGUCGCUAUGCCACUGCUCUUUAUUCUGCUGCAUCUAAACAGAAUAAACUGGAACAAGUGGAAAAAGAAUUGUUGAGAGUAGCACAAAUCUUGAAGGAACCCAAAGUGGCUGCUUCUAUUAUGAAUCCCUAUGUAAAGCGUUCCAUCAAAGUCAAGAGCCUGAGCGACAUGACAGCAAAGGAGAAGUUUUCUCCCCUGACGUCCAACCUGAUCAAUUUGCUUGCUGAAAACGGUCGCUUGAGCAGUACCCCUGGCGUCAUUUCUGCCUUUUCUACCAUGAUGAGUGUCCACCGAGGAGAAGUACCUUGUUCCGUCACCACUGCAUCUCCUUUAGAUGAAGCCACUCUUACAGAGUUAAAAACAGUCCUGAAGAGCUUCCUAAGUAAAGGCCAAAUAUUGAAGUUGGAAGUGAAGGUUGAUCCAUCAAUCAUGGGCGGAAUGAUUGUCCGAAUUGGAGAGAAAUAUGUUGAUAUGUCAGCAAAAACCAAGAUUCAGAAGCUGAGCAGAGCCAUGCGGGAGAUUUUUUAAAAAGUGUUGAUUUUCUGUCCAUGAAAAUUCUUAAACUUGGAGCAACAAUAAAAUGCUUCCUGAACAG